UGCAGGCCGGGCCUCCGCCGCCGGGAGGGGUGGCGGUGCGGGCUCUGGUGCGAGUGCAGGCGCCGGCUCGUCGGAGAGGCCAGUAUUCCGCUAUGGAGCAUGCCUUUACCCCGCUGGAGCCCCUGCUUCCCGCUGGAAGUUUGAAGUUCUGCCUUAUGAUUCUUAAUCAGCCUCUGGACAAGUGUUUUCGUCCUCUUUGGGAAAAAGCUCUUUUAAGAGCCUGUGCUGAUGGAGGUGCCAACCGCUUAUAUGAUAUCACCGGAGGAGAGAGAGAAAGGUUUUUGCCUGAAUUCAUCAAUGGAGACUUUGAUUCCAUCAGGCCUGAAGUCCGAGAGUUCUACAGUGUUAAGGGGUGUGAGCUUAUUUCAACUCCAGAUCAGGACCUCACUGACUUUACCAAGUGCCUUAAAGUGCUCAAAAAGAAGAUAGAAGAAAAAGACCUACAGGUGGACGUGAUCGUGACACUGGGAGGCCUUGCUGGGCGUUUUGACCAGAUCAUGGCGUCUGUGAACACCCUGUUCCAAGCCACUCACAUCACGCCUCUGCCAAUUAUCAUGAUCCAAGAGGAGUCUCUCAUCUACCUUCUCCAGCCAGGAAAGCACAGGUUGCACGUGGACACUGGGAUGGAAGGAAGUUGGUGCGGCCUCAUUCCUGUUGGACAGCCGUGCGAUCAUGUGACAACCACAGGCCUGAAGUGGAACCUCACAAAUGAUGUGCUUGGUUUCGGAACACUGGUCAGUACUUCUAAUACCUACGAUGGGUCUGGUGUUGUGACUGUGGAGACCAGCCAUCCACUCCUCUGGACCAUGGCUAUCAAAAACUAACCUGCUGACGGGCAUCUACUGGUGUGCCUCUGCCUUACCUUAUUGCCAAUGGUUUAUUGCUUUACAUGAACAAUUCAACCAGGUUUGCAGGAAUCUAAACUUCUGCAUCGAAGCCCACUUGUUUCAAUGAUGUGAGGGGCUGAGGACAUAAUUUAAUGAUAGAGCACUUUUCUAGCAUGCACAGGGCCUUGGGUUCGACCCACCGCACCACAAGACAUGAAUAAAAUAAACAAAGAUGUUACUGUUUAGAUAAUCCAAGUGACACUAUAAAUGAUAGAUCUCAAUUUUAGUGUGGAAAAAUUAUGUGUUAUGAAAGUAAAUCAACUCUAUUACAUUGAUUGGAAAGCUCAUGUGGAUCAUUCCAUUAUAAAAAAAAUCACUACUGAUUAUUUAAUCUUUCCAUAUAUCUUCAAAUACUUCUUUUAUUUUUGAAGCAGAAAAAAACUUCUGUUGAGGUUCCUCUUAGAAUCUAGGCCAUCCUUAAAUGCCUGACAAUGAGGGCUGCCUCUGAGUAUCUCCUAAUGUUAAUUUUUCUACAUAAUACAAUGUUACCUUUUACCUGCAAAAAAGAAAUUCUUCCAGAUUGGUGUGUUAAAACUGAACCAUUUCACCCUGACCUCAUUACUGUCUUUAGCAUAAAUAAUAAGUCAAGAAUAAUUGGCCUAAUUGUUAGAUUUGAAAAUGGUUUUGUAGUCUGUGGGUGAAAGAUAAAUGACAAUUCAUGAUACCCUGCUUCUGCGUUAAACACCAAUUUGAAAGUAUGAUUGCUAAGUUUUUGUGUGGUGGUGAUAAUCAUCAUCAUUACAACCUAGAUAAAAAAAUGUGCAGGGGAAAAUUAACAUAAAAAUUAACUUGUUUUGACAUACCUCAGCCUUAAAAAAAAAAUUAUGGUUCAUAGACCAGUAUUUAUUCAAAUGACCAGAAAUUGAAUCUAAGAUGAUCAAUGAAUAUUGUAUACCAAGGAGACAGAACCUAAAGCCAGUGUUCUUGUUCCAGUCUACUAUCAGUCUAAGUUCCCUGGACCCCAGAACUUAGCUAUGAAAUAGGAGGGGCUGGACACUGUGUAUAAGGGGUUCCUUAACACUCCUCAGCGCUCACAUUAGCAUUUGUAAGUUACUGACAUGGCCAGCUUCAUCUAUCUAGUACAUCAAAAUGUAUUCAGCCAGGCAUGGUGGCGCACACCUAAAAUCCCAGAGGCUCAGGAGGCUGAGGCAGGAGGAUCACAAGUUCAA